UGACCGACCGAGGUUCCGCGGCACAACCACCAUCACCAUCGAUCCUCCUGACUUUUUGGUCCACCCGAUGCACAACCAAUAUACUUAACAUCCAGAGAACAACACCUUCGACAUGAUAAAAACUGCACCAUGGCAGAUAACAUACCUGCGUACUGCUUCACAAUCCCAUCAGUGUCCGAUAGCACCAUUUUAGAUUGCCGGAUCUAUCACCCUGUCUCCUUCCAAGAUCCGACUACGCAUCAGCCAAACAAGAAGGCUGCUCUGAUUGCACAUCCAUAUGCGCCUCUAGGAGGAUGCAUGGAUGAUCCGGUAGUUAUGACUGUCGUUGAUCGACUUCUUGAACUGGACUUCGUUGUCGGAACAUUCAACUUUCGCGGAGCCGCAAACUCUCAAGGCAAUACCAGCUGGGCUGGUCGGGGAGAACGAGACGACUACAUGUCUGUCGCAGGUCACCUAUUAUUCUAUCUCAACCAGAUCCGGAAACCCAACGAUGUCGACAAUGAUCACGUCCUGGACGAUGAUACAGAGCUUACGCCCUCCGAGCCUAUCACUCUCGUACUGGGAGGCUAUUCUUACGGCUCUUUGAUUGUUACGCAUCUGCCACCUACAGCAGAGAUCCUGACCACUUUCCGCCAAACACGUAGUUCACAUUCAAUGUCUGAGAUUCUGCUUCGAGCAAAGGAGCUGGCGCUGCAAACGAACCUAUCAUUUUCCGAUCAGACCGAGGCUCGAGGCAGACUACCAGAUCAACCACCGAGGCGACGACAUCUACGUCAAUCGAGUUCUCAACAUUCUAUCGUAUAUGGGGGUAGCGAUAGUCCCUCGCCCGCAGACCGCCACUCUACAGAUCAAAUGUCUGCACGGCUCAAGCAUGCCAUGCAUCGCAGUCAUAAUCACUCGAGACCCUCGAUGCCAAACUCUCCACUAGGAUCUAAGGAAGGAAGUACUUCCCAAGGAAAUGAAACUGUACUUGAGAGCUUACCGCAUGUUUGGACUCACUACCUUCUCAUCUCACCAUUGCUGCCACCGAUAUCAAACCUUCUGUCCUUCUCCACGUCGAAUUUGUUGUUCUGGCGGCACGCUGACAGCAAAGAGGACAGCUUGACACGACACCCUACGCUCGUGAUUUAUGGUACUAAGGACAUGUUUACUUCUUCACAUAAGCUAGAUGCUUGGUGUAAGAAGAUGGAUGGGCUCUCAUCGCAAGCUGCAGGGGUGAAGGGAAAAUCGCUGUUCAGGUGGAAAAAGAUCGAGGGUGCAGGUCACUUUUGGAGAGAGCAUGGUGUAGAAGCACAGCUGACAAACAGCUUGCGAGAAUGGGUGCACGAAGUAGUCGUGCCUGAACAAUAGUAAUACCUACCUGUCACUGAUGACGCCAGCCGAAUUGUUCUGCAAGAGAACAAAGGAGAAAUAAUAAAGAUACAAGUAGCUUCCCCAGAUGGCCGGCGCGCGGAUCAUGUCCGUCGUCGUCACAGCCACUUUUACUCGAC